GGAAAAAUUAUUGAAUGAUGUAUGGUGGGAUAAGAUUGAUUAUAUUUUGACUUUUACAUUGCUUAUCUAUGAGAUGCUUAGGUUUUGUGACACUGACAAACCAUGCCUUCACUUAGUCUAUGAAAUGUGGGACACCAUGAUUGAAAAGGUAAAGGCAAGCAUCUUUAGGCAUGAAGGGAAGCUAGUUCAUGAGGAAUCAAUCUUUUAUUCUGUUGUGCACAAUAUACUAGUUGAGAGGUGGUCCAAAAGUAACACUCCUCUUCAUUGCCUUGAACAUUCUUUGAAUCCAAGGUAUUAUAGUUCAACGUGGCUUGAUGAAAAUCCCAAUCGUGUCCCUCCUCAUAGGGAUGAAGAAAUUUCAAGUAUGAGAAACAAGUGCUUCAAGAAAUACUUUCCAAAUUUAGAGGAGAGACGGGUUGUAAAUGUGGAAUAUGCCAAGUUUUCAGGAGGUUUGGAUAUGUUUGGAGAUUUUGACUCAAAGAUUGAUAGAGGAGUAUUGGAUCCACUUAUUUGGUGGUUUACACAUGGGUCUCCUGCUCCUAUGCUUCAAUCUUUAGCAUUAAAAUUGCUUGGCCAGCCAUGUUCCUCAUCAUGCUGUGAAAGGAAUUGGAGCACCUACUCCUUUAUUCACUCCAUGAAAAGAAACAAAAUGACAACACAACGUGCUGAAGAUUUGGUUUUUGUGCACAACAAUCUUCGUCUCCUAUCAAGGAGAAGUCGACAGUACAUUGAAGGAGAAUCCAAGUUAUGGGAUGUUGGUGGAGAUGCUUUUGAUUCAUUGGAGGGUGCAGGCUUACUUGAAAUUGCAAGCCUUUGUCUUGAUGAACCAGAUAUGGAAGCUGUGAUAUUCACUGAUGAAGGGGAAUAAGUUGAACCUAUUGAUGUUGAAGACUC